UGAAUUCAGAUCACAACCAUGGGACACCCUCCAGCCAGCAUUUUAAACUAUUACCAGGAGAAUCCCAAUGGCACUCCUAUUGCAUAUUUGGCCAAGAUCAUGGCCGACCGAUCAAAGGUCACCUUCACAGACUCUCUCUGUGAACAAGACAGAACCAUAGUUCCAAUCGAUCAGAUUGAAUCCGCAAUAGACUCGACUUUUGGUAAAUAUCUGGGCAGCAAAAUAGUGCGAUUAUCCGAUUCCACCAUUCUGAAACUUGGCUGGAGAGUAACGAUGGGCGAAGCAGAAGCAUUGAUCCUCAUUGCUGCAAAAACAAACGUGCCUGUGCCCAAAGUCAUCAGCGCAUACACCGUUGGGGAUAUAGGUUUCAUCCUGAUGAGCAAGAUCGACGGUAAAACGCUCGCUUCAUGCAUGAAAACCAUGUCUUCUGAGGAAAUGCAAGUGAUUGUGCGCCAACUCAAAUCCUACGUCCAGGAAUGGCGUCAACUGGGCAGUUCUUUCUUGGGCUCGGUAAAUGGCGGGCCAUGCCGGGACAUCCUCUUCCGGCAUCCGUGGGAUUACAAAUCAACAAAGACAUACGGGCCCUUUUAUUCCUUUAAACAGUACAAACUGGGUGUUGUGGAGGCCCUUCGUCUAUCAAGGCCAGAGGGGAUCUGGUACGACGAAGAGGAAAUACUGAAGGAGAAGAUCCUGUCGUUUGGGGAUGAACGGUUGCCGAACCUGGGAGUUAUGACCCAUGGAGACCUACACGCGGGAAAUAUCAUCGUCAAGGACGGGUUGAUUGCUGGAAUCGUUGAUUGGGGUGAGGCUGGGUACAGUCUCGCAGAGAGGGAGUUCUUUGCUGCUAGGCGGAUUGCUACGGGCAAAGAGUGGGUUGAUAUCAUCCAUUCUUCCAUUCCCUACUUUCCAGAAGAACACAAGAUGAUGGAGGAGGUUGAUCUGUCAAUGAUGCGCUACUCUCCUGUAUAAUAACAUUCACCUCUCAUUUAAUGGGAACCAGUAGUCAUCCUCAACAUCUGCUUUGAUGUCAUCAGAUUCCUUGCCAAUCCUUGAAUUCCAAAUAUCUGCCGUUCCGUCUGGGACGAGCUCUUCCACUUCCAGUGCGACCAACGCGUCUACCACCCAAUUCUGGCAAUUUUCCUUUCCACCCCUUGGUGCCGGCUCCUGUGCCAGUAUUGAAGCCACCUUGGAGCGCUCCGCUGAAUUGAGGUUUCUUAAUUUGCACAGGCCAAACGCAGUCUGGGAUUCCAAAUCGUGUGGGAUCCGAGGCUCGAAUUGGAAUAUAUUGAGUCGCACAUCAAUCACCCUAACAUGGAGGAGCUCGCCCUCCAUUUCCCCUGGAAUAUGGAUGCAGAAUCCCCAGUGGGCAGGCUCGGAGAUACCUGAGCCAAAGAUUGCUAUAGAGAGUUGAAAGCUCAUGUCGUAAGGUUGGGUAUUGGUUUUGCUA